GCCGUCACGAAAAGUUGUUCAUCCCCUCACAUUGCACAAACAUCAUGGGCACGCAUACCAGUUUUUAAAUUCACGUUUUUUUUUCUACUUUUCCUUUCCUUUCUUUCCAAUUCUUUUGCCGCCCUUCUCGUCUCCUCCGCCACUCUCACUUUCAUCCUCGUCUUCCUUAUUCCUUUAUUUAAAUAAAAUAACCACUUUCUUCUUCUUCAUCAUUUCUGUUUAAAUAACUGCUUCCUUCCUCAUUCAUACAUUACAUUAAUGGAAACAAUUCGAUCCAUAUAACCGUUUCAUCCUCGAUAACAUUAACAGGCAGGAUUCAUUCGAAAGUCGAGAAACGUUUGGAUUGCGUAUCAUGGAGAACUAUGAAGUUUUAGAGCAGAUUGGGAAAGGAUCCUUUGCUUCUGCUUUACUUGUGAAGCAUAAACGCGAAAAGAAAAAGUAUGUUUUGAAGAAGAUCCGGCUUGCACGACAGUCUGAUAGGACCCGCAGAUCUGCCCUAUUGGAGAUGGAGCUUAUUUCCAAAGUGCAAAAUCCUUUUAUAGUAGAAUACAAAGAUUCAUGGGUAGAAAAGGGUUGCUAUGUGUGUAUCAUUAUUGCUCAUUGUGAAGGAGGAGACAUGGCUGAAGCAAUCAAAAGAGCCAAUGGAGUUCAUUUUUCAGAAGAGAAACUGUGCCAAUGGCUUGUUCAACUCCUGACAGCUCUUGAUUACUUGCACGCUAAUCAUAUUCUUCAUCGAGAUGUUAAGUGUUCGAAUAUAUUCCUAACAAGAGAUCAAGAAAUCCGACUUGGUGAUUUUGGUCUUGCUAAAAUGUUGACUUCCGAUGAUCUCGCAUCCUCUGUCGUGGGAACUCCUAGUUACAUGUGCCCUGAGCUUCUUGCAGAUAUACCUUAUGGUUCUAAGUCAGAUAUUUGGUCUUUAGGAUGCUGUAUGUAUGAAAUGAUGGCUUUCAAGCCCGCCUUCAAAGCUUUUGAUAUGCAAGCUUUAAUCAACAAAAUAAACAAAUCUGUAGUCGCUCCACUUCCAACCAUGUAUUCUGGUGCAUUUCGAGGGCUUGUUAAAAGCAUGCUUCGGAAAAACCCAGAAACAAGACCAAGUGCUGCAGAUUUGCUCAAACAUUCCCAUCUUCAACCAUACAUACAUAACCUCCAUCUAAACUCCAACAACCCAAAACGCCAUGCUUAUCCAGUCCGGUGGUCUGACUACAACUAUGAAAAGAAAACAACGUUUGUUGAACCCGAAACCGAACCUGAACCUCGAAUGGUUCAUUUUCACAGAAACCAGAAGCAAUCUUUUAGCAGUGAUCGUGCUUUAAAUCCUAGUGUAUCUGAACAUGAUCAAGUUUCUUUGUGGUCAGAGAAAGUACAGGAUCUGUCAAGACCCUUGACUAGAAAGCUAUCCACCGACAGUAUAGAUGGAGAGAAAUCAAUGGCUGAUAAGACACCGGUUGCUACCCGAACGCGAAGAUACACUCCAGCAAAAAAGUCAACUCCCAGAAGACAAACCGCUUCGCCAAAGGUAACCACAGUGGAUUCAAAUCAUGGUUUGCUCCCAGUAUCACAAACAUCUCCUAGCAGACCUUCACGGGCUAUGCGUACAAUCUCUCUCCCAAAGGUCAACAUGGUUCUUUCUAGCAUCGAGUCUCCAGAUGUAUCAGUCAACGCUCCACUUAUUGACAAAAUGACGGAAAUUCCUAUAGCCUCUACAGAAAAACACUUGAUCCUACAAGUCCAUAAAACAUCAUCAAUAUCAACUCAAUGUAGUUCUGAUCAAUCAAUCAAAAUGGACCGUCGCACCACAGUCAAGUUCAUUGAUCAAACCCACACUGAACCCGCUGAGGUCACUUCAAGCCACCCGUACCGUAGGUUUGACAUGUCAUCAUACCAGCAACGGGCAGAGGCGUUAGAAGGGUUGUUGGAGUUUAGUGCACAACUGAUGCAGCAAGAAAGGAUCGAAGAAUUAGCGGUGUUGUUGAAACCGUUCGGGCCAGAGAAAGUGUCUCCAAGAGAAACUGCUAUUUGGUUGUCAAAAAGUUUUAAGGGAAUUACUGGCGACUUAUAGACUAUAGUCUAUAUGGAGUCUGAUUUGUAGAGUGCAAAAGUGUAUAUGUGAACUGCUUGCUCAUGAAGAGGAUGAAAAUAUAAAUUUUGUUUCAAGUA